UCCCAGAAGCACCUUCCAGCGAUACGAUAUUAGAAAAUGAAGAGCCCUCUACGCAACUACUUGUAGCGAUCCGGAUAAUGGCGAAGCUUCUUCACAGAGGCACCUUUUCCCCCAAUUCCGAUUUCCGCUCGGCCUCUUUCAACAACCACACUCUCUUCAAUCUCGCUCUUCGGCAAAGAAAUUGAGAAGUGAAGUUGAUAGCUGAUGGCAUGCUAAUGAAAAUUCUUGUGGCUCUUCUAUCUUCUGCGAGGGAUUUUAUAGAUUUAUUUUUGGUGUUCUAGUUGAACUGUUAUUUGGCUGAUAGGGCUGUUUACAAUGUCUGCAUAUGGCCAUCAAAUGGAGCGGCAAUACUCCACCCAGAGUCUUUCAAGUAGAGCUGGUUCUGAAAUGGGAAGCCGUUAUAUCGUGGAGUCAGGGUUUUAUAUGUCAUCGUGGGCUGCAACAAUCUUCAUUGCUGCGCUUGUAACAGCUGCGGUUUUAUUAAUUACUUUGCUAGUUACCUUAACAGUAAUGCUGCAAUCCUGUCAGAGUAAGAAUUCGGGAAAUAUUGAGAUUUGGAAAUCAAAUGAUGAUUACCAUUUUUGCAAGAGUUUUUCUCUGCACGCGGAGCUCAACAGAUUGGAUGCAGAUUAUCACCCUGCUUUGUGCAAGGCUGCUGCCAUUCGGUACAUAAAAGAAGGGGAAUAUACAAGAGAUUUAAAUAGUACAAUGUGGCUGGUUGAAAAUUACUUUAGUGGGGUCAGACCACUAGACGACGGCCUAGAUAUGGUGUUGAUGGAUGUGGAUGACUUCUUUCCUUCAAAGUCUCAAUAUUCCGAACCAUUGCAGCCACGACUCAAUCAAUAUGGUUGUAGUGAUUGUUUUGAAGAGGCACUACAUCUGAAGCUCAUGUUUAUCCUGAAGCUGUACAUGAAACUUCAAGCUGCUGGGUGGCCGUUAAUUUUGAUAUCAAGAGAGCCCGAGAGACAACGUAAUGUCACCAUAAAGUACCUUGUUUCAUCUGGAUAUGUGAAUUGGUCUUCAUUGAUUAUGAGAGUGGAUGAUGAAAUGCAAAUGGAUACCUUCGAAUACUUUUCAAGACGAAGAACUGAACUCCAGAAAGAGGGUUUCCGUGUCAUGACUGUUUUCAGCAGCCAGAUGGAUGCAUUGACAGGCCCCUGUUUAGGAAAGCGUGUAUUCAAGAUUCCGAAUCCUAUCUAUUACAACGUAGAGCAUCGAGUUGAACGCACAAAACUACUAAAACAAAAUUUAGCCGGGGAACAAGAUUACCACAAUAGAUCAAGUUUCUGAGGUGAAACCACUGUGUUGUGCUUCAUGUAUAAUGAAGGACUUGUAUUGAGCAGCCAGAUGGAUGCAUUGACAGGCCCCUGUUUAGGAAAGCGUGUAUUCAAGAUUCCGAAUCCUAUCUAUUACAACGUAGAGCAUCGAGUUGAACGCACAAAACUACUAAAACAAAAUUUAGCUGGGGAACAAGAUUACCACAAUAGAUCAAGUUUCUGAGGUGAAACCACUGUGUUGUGCUUCAUGUAUAUUGAAGGACUUGUAUUGAGCACGACGUCCCUGAGAAGUCGUCUGCAUUGCUUGAGGUGGCUUCCCCGGAUUUCACUCAUCGAUUGGUCGGUCGGUCGUAAAGGGUUUCUCCCACCAAGAGAGAAGGGAGGGAGACAAACUAGUCUUAUUCCAGCUAUUGUGCCUUUUCCUGUGUAUUUCAUUGUAUAUAGUACAGCAUUUAUCAACAAUUUGGUUAUUGGUUUCAUUAAUUGUAUUAAUUAGUGUUCUAUAGGAACGUUCAUUUGUUGUCCAAAUGGGCUUAAAUUUGAUGUUGUAUUUACGUA